CCAUCUACGGUCAGAAUCAACCAUUCCAAGGUGAAUGAAGUUGCAUGUUUUAUCCUGUGGUUGAUAUUUUUUAUCAUCAUAUUCCUACAAAAUGGAGUUUCUUUUAGGCAUUCAGGGUCCUGAUUAUGUUUUACUUGCAUCCGACAUGAAUGCAGGAAGAAGUGUUUUUGUCUUCAAACAUGACCAAGAGAAGAUGUUUCCUUUGAGCAGUAAGCUCCUCAUGUUGUGUGCUGGUGAGUCCGGUGAUACUGUCCAGUUUGCAGAGUAUAUCCAGAAGAAUAUUCAGCUCUACAAGAUCAGGAACGGUUAUGAACUGUCACCGAAAGCAGCUGCUAACUUCACAAGGAAAAACCUGGCAGACUUCCUACGCAGUAAGACACCAUACCAGGUGAACCUACUCUUAGCUGGUCAUGAUGAGACGGAUGGUCCUUGCCUGUUCUACAUGGACUACCUGGGUUCACUGCAGCAGGUCCCUUUCGCUGCUCACGGCUACGGAUCCUACUUUACACUGAGUAUCCUUGAUAGGCACUACAGGAGAGAUAUGACUCGGGACCAAGCAGUUGAAGUGUUGAAGAAGUGCCUAUUAGAGGUCCAAAAGAGGUUCAUUGUCAACCUCCCAACGUUCCAGAUCCGCAUCGUCGACAAGGAUGGUAUUCAUGAAUUACCCAACCUCCCUUUAAAGCCUGCAAAAGCCUAGCAUUACCAUGGCAAUCCAGGAAACAUAUUUUGUAAAUAAUGCAUACUGUAUGUUCUUUUGUUAUCGUUAUUCUCAAAGCCUCUAAGGCUGUGGACCAUUUUGUGAAUGAGACAAGACGAGCUGUUGUUGCAAGUUUACAUCUGUAAAAGUAGCGAAUCACACAGUAAAAUCUAAUCAAUGUGUAGAUUCAUGUUUACAAGGGAUAUACAUAUAUAUUCUUUUCUUCUAUUUGAUAAUUCUACCAUGCCUCCUAUGUAGAGCAUACACCCAUGUAUUUCUACAAAAGGACACCAGUUUGAGUUUGUAAAAGAGAAAGAAUGAAGGGAGAUCCAUGUCUCAGGCAGUUGCUGGUGGUGUAGUAGAUACAUACAUGUAGAUGUUGGGGUAUAGCUGGGGAACAGAUGAGAUUUGGUUAAGAUGGAUCCCAGUAAUUAUUCUAUCAAGAUUUACAUCGAUGUGUAACAGUCUCGUGGCACAAAUAUGGAACCUGGUAACUCCUGUAUAAAGCCUAUGUGAAAGAUAAACUCCAGAAGUUGGUGAGAAAAGAGCAUAAGGUCUUUCUCUAUCAGUGUUGUAAACUUAUUUUGACAGUAUACAUGUAAUUUUAUUUGUUCAUUUAGAAUAGACUGUAAAAUUACCCAAUGGGUUAAUUCAUAUCAAAAGAGUGAUGCAGUGUGAAAAGUUGUUUUUUACCCUCAUCAGAGCACACAAAAUUUUGCCCAGCCACAAUGAAUGAAUUUACUGUUACUUUUAUCUUUCUUCCAACCUGUCAUCAAAUUCCCUGCUAAAGUGGACUGUAUAUUUUCCCUGGCAGUUUAUGGAUAAUAUGAUACUUAUGCCCAUAAAAAAAAAAAAAAAAUUCUUAAAGAUUGUAACCAUGGCACAUGGUCACAUUUUGUUCUACACCUGAUCAUUUUUGUAAUGAUUAAAGCGAAGAUACAUGUAUUUUGGUUCAGUAGUUUUGGUUCAUAGUUCAUCUAGAUCUAGUACAUUUUAAGUGGAAUGUCAAAAGUAAAUUUUGAAUUCUCUUACACUAGAGCGACUAGACCUCAAGUUAAUUAAUGUGAGAUGUUGAUUUGUUUUGUACAUGUACAGAUGUAAUAAACUCUUCAAACUAUUA